UUCAAGAUCUCCCAGGUUCAUGAACCUUUUGUCUCAGUCUACUCUCUAUAAAUCUAUCUCACCCUCCAUUCACACUGCAAAAUUCAAUACUAUCAAACAGAACAAAGAUUAAAAAAAAAGAUUCUUCAAAUUUUAAUUCAUCUCUCUUUUAUUAUGGCUGUAGAAUCCGACUAUGCUUUUCUUGAAUCGAUAACGCAAUACUUACUAGAAGAAUCAGAGGCACGACUCACCGAGUCGAUGGUGGCGCAAUCUAAUACGAUGGUUCAUAACGUGAAACCAGUGUACGGACGAAACUCGAGCUUCAGCAAGUUGUAUCCUUGUUUCUCCGACAGCUGGGGAGACUUGCCGUUGAAAGAAAACGACUCGGAGGACAUGUUAGUCUACGGUAUCCUCAACGACGCUUUUCACGGCGGUUGGGAACCGUCUUCUUCAUCCUCAGACGAAGAUCUGACCUCUUUGACGGCGGUUAAAACCGAGACGGUGGAUUCUGUUCAAGCGCCGGCGAAGGGGAAGCAUUAUAGAGGAGUGAGGCAGAGGCCGUGGGGGAAGUUCGCGGCGGAGAUAAGGGAUCCGGCGAAGAACGGAGCUAGAGUUUGGUUGGGGACGUUCGAGACGGCGGAGGACGCGGCGUUGGCUUACGACAGAGCUGCUUUUAGGAUGCGUGGCUCACGCGCUUUGUUGAAUUUCCCGUUGAGGGUUAACUCGGGAGAGCCCGACCCGGUUCGGAUUAGGUCCAAGAGAGGUUCUUCUUCCGAAAACGGAGCUCCGAAGCGGAGGAGAACGGUGGCUUCCGGUCAAGGAACGGAUAUGGGAUUGAAGGUUAAGUGUGAAGUCGUGUAAGUGAUACGUGGACGUCAGUUAUUGGUUUGUAGUUUUGAAUUGUCUGUUAAAAUCAUUUUUCCGCGGAAAGGUGGUGGACAAAAUGCAUUGGGUGGGAAAGAAAAAAAAUAUCAAGAACAAAAUAUUCAUUUUUUUUUUUUUUUGCCAGCUUGAUUUCUUAGAUAUUUAAACUUUCUCCGCGAAAAUUCAAAUCUAUUUUAAUCGAAAUAAGAUAAAAUUAAUUACUCUAAACUUAAAAAAAUCUUAGUGGGAUCAAAAAGUAAUAUAAGCAAAAAAUGUCCUCACGGUUUUGUAAUUAGUUCUCUCGUUAGAUAAUAACAAUAUUUAAAGAUAUUUGAGUUUUUAUCAUAAUUAAAAGUCAUAUAUAUAUGGCGUAUUGUUUUUUCUUACAUCAUAUAUGACGUAUUGUUAAUGUAAUCACUUUCAGAUGUGACAAAUUUUACAAAGAAGUAUAAAACCCAAUUACUGGAGAAGAAGACACUGUCACUUAACUAAUUAACUACUAAAAACCAUCAAACAAACUGAUACAAACAUACGACCAAACACGAUGAUCUAACAGAAAGCUACCCGCCACAAUAUUAUUAUUUGUUAGAAAGACUGUCUCUAUCGUAUAUAUUAAUUUAAACAUAAUCGAGAUUGGGCAAAGUGGCUUGUACAAUAGUAAUCUCAGCACUGGUUUGUAGUUUGUACUAUGUGAUUUUGGAAUUGUAACAAAGAGAUAAGCCCAACAAAACCAUACAUAGGAUCUCACUCUCACAAGUGCUGCUCUCUUCACAUUCCAACUUUUGUUUCUUCUACAAGUGUCUGUCAGAAGAUUUGGUUGCAUUGCUUUGUAAAUUCUUGUGUUUAAGUU